GGGGGAGGGGAAGGGCGCAGAGGAAAGGGGGAUGGGAAGCGAGGCGAGAGGGGGAGGGGCCUCCGCGAGCCCAGAAAAACGACAACGCGAGAAAAAUUAGUAUUUUUGCACUUCACAAAUUAAUGACCAUGAGCUCGUUUUUGAUAAACUCCAACUACAUCGAGCCCAAGUUCCCUCCCUUCGAGGAGUACGCGCAUCACAGCGGCCCGGGCGGCGGAGACGGAGGCCCGGGCGGGGGGCCCGGCUACCAGCAGCCCCCGGCACCCGCGACCCAGCACCUGCCGCCGCAGCAGCCCCAGCUCCCUCACGCGGGCGGCAGCCGCGAGCCCCCCGCCUCCUACUACGCGCCGCGGGCGGCCCGUGAGCCCGCCUACCCCGCGGCCGCCCUCUACCCGGCGUCCGGGGCGGCGGACACCACCUACCCCUACGGCUACCGCAGCGGUGCCAGCCCCGGGCGGCCCCCACAGCCCGAGCAGCCCCCUGCGCUUGCCAAGGGCCCGGCGCGCGGCCUGCACGCGAGCCACGUCCCGCCGCCGCCUCCCCCGCAGCACCGAGCGGCGCCCCCCGCGCCCUCAAGGCGCUGCGAGGCAGCCCCCGCCACCCCUGGAGUCCCGACAGGGGGCAGCGCCCCCGCGUGCCCGCUGCUGCUGGCGGACAAGGGCCCGCCGGGCCUGAAGGGCAAGGAGCCCGUGGUGUACCCCUGGAUGAAGAAGAUCCAUGUCAGCGCCGUCAACCCCAGUUAUAACGGAGGGGAACCCAAGCGCUCUCGAACCGCCUACACCCGGCAGCAAGUCUUGGAGCUGGAGAAAGAGUUUCAUUUUAACCGCUACCUGACCCGGCGGCGCCGCAUUGAGAUCGCCCACACACUCUGCUUGUCUGAACGCCAGGUCAAGAUCUGGUUUCAGAACCGGAGAAUGAAGUGGAAGAAAGAUCGCAAACUGCCCAACACCAAGAUGCGAUCCUCCAACCCAACCUCCACCCCGGCCUCUUCGGGUCCACCCGGGAAAGCACAAACUCAGAGCCCGCACCCCCACCCCCACUCCCUCCCUGGUGCCUCCACACCCGUUCCCUCCUCUAUAUAAUCUUCCAGACACCUAGUUCAGUUUCUGUCCCUUACUUGCUUUUCUCUUCUACCCAUUUCCCCAUCCAUCCCUCUCCCAUCUCUCCGUUGUUACAAACACCAAAAUAAAACUAAAUUUGGUGAAAAGGAUAACCAAAAAAGAAGACAUUAUCCCCGGUAAGAGCAUGUGCUGGUUGCCACCCAAAAGGGGAAAGUUGUUCAGGAUGCUGUUUAGUGGAACAAUCUGCUGGUCUGAAGAAGGCUGCCAAGUUUGGAUACCUGAGAAGGACCACUUGGCACCAAAUACAUUUGAGAUGUCUAAAGUCAGCUGGACAGUGUGUGCUGACUGGGGACGUGUAUAUUUGUGCAAGCAGAUGAAAACAGACCCUUUUCCGUCUACUUUACCUUUCCCUCAUCCACUAAGGCAGCUCAUACAAGCUUGUAAUGAACUGAAUAAAUGAGUAGAUACUGUGGACCUCACAAGAUUAUUUAAUACUCAAAAUGUGUAGACCUUGAUGGUAGGUGUGACUGUUAGUUUCCCUUCCUUGCAUCUAUUUAAGAUAUUGUUAUUGAGAUACUGUUGUCUUAUUCUGGGGAACUAUCUCCAGGGAGAGGGGGAUGCAUUUAGACCCAUAUGCAACUGUACAAAUUGUGAUAUGGCUGUAUAGAAAGCCAUGUGCUAAGAAUAAACUUCAUUUAAAAAAUAUUAAAAAUUGAAGAGACAGA